GCAAACCACAGUGGGCAGCUGCUUGCCUGGCUGCAUCUGCGGGUAAGCACCGAUCGGACACCGCCGUCCCAUCCAGCAACCAUCAGGCAUCUGAUCAGCCUCCGCGCCGCCCGGAUCCUCCUCAGCGGCGGCACGCCAUGACGAAGCAAAAGAUCGUGAUCAGGCUGAGCCUGGCGAGCGAGAAGACCCGGUCCAAGGCCAUGGCGCUGGUCGCCAAAGCGGACGGGGUGAGCUCGAUGGGGGUCACCGGCGACGGCAGGGACCAGCUGGAGGUGGUCGGCGACGGCGUCGACACCGUCUGCCUCGUCCAGUGCCUGCGCAAGAAGAUCGGCCACGCCGAGAUCCUCAAGGUGGAGGAGGUCAAGCCGGCCGAGAAGAAGCCCGAGGAGAAGAAGCCGGAGCCGCUGCCGUACUGGUGGUACCACAAUUACUACCACUACCACCCGCCGCCGCCGUGCUGGUGAGGUGGCCUGGUGGUGAUCAGCCGUUCAGGGAAGCGGCCGUUUUUGAUGGAUUAGUAGUUGGAAUUCAGCUCGUGCUCGCUCUAUAUUUGUAUUCGAGCUGUUUUGCAUUUGAGUGGAAAUAAAAAAAAAGCAAAAAAAACUGUUACUCAUCCAUA